AUGGUUUUCUUCAGAUCUUUUAAUCUGCACCUUGCAUUUCUAACGUUCUUCUUUCUGCUGGCCCUUAUCCCAGCAAUUCGCGCCGAUGAUGAGAAACCGUUUACACAAGCCUUUAUAGAAGAGAACCAAGAUGUCAUUACAGCAUUCACCCAUCGUAAUCCGUACCUUAAUUCAAUAGCAAAUGGCACAGCGACGAAAGCUGAAUUCGAACGCGAUAUUAUCCAAGGACAUCGUUGGCUUUAUCUCUGGGCGAGAUCUCUAGGUUAUGCCCUAACUAGAGCCCCCGUACCAGUUCCAAAGGAUUGGGGGUUCGGCGAUGUACCGGACGAAUUUUUCAUAGAUAUUUUAUGUCAAAUAGUGAACUCUGUUGAAGAAUACGCUUCUCUCUUGAAAGGCCUCGCAAAAAAACAUAACUUCGACAUUUAUGGCGAGCCAAUCUCUGCGGCCGCGCAAGAAGACGGAGAUUUUAUAAUUAAAGUUGCAAAGAAACUUCCUUUUGAAACAUAUAUAGCUGAAAAUUGGGCCGGUGUUAGAUUUGUCUAUGACGGUUUUACGAUUGUUCAAGAAGCAAUAAAAAAGAACGGGUACAAAUAUGAAUUUCAGGAUUAUAUUGAUAUAAUUUCCUCCCCCUCGUUUAAAAAUUCGAGCGAUCAAUUUGAACUAUUAACAAACACCAUUUACAAAUCCAAGAAGGUAGAUAGAAAGUUGGCAACCGAAAUUGUUAGGGAACAUAUAAAGAGGGAUAAUGCACUUUUGGCAGACAAUGUAAAUGCUAAAUAG